CUGUUUCUAAUGUGAUGACAGCUGAUUGUACCGAGACAGAGCCAGGAUCGCCGUGUCACUUUCCGCUGUCAUCAUGCUUCCCUGACCUCCACGCCGAAAUAAAGCACUUCUUCCCCGGGAGGAGCGAGCGGCACAAUGUCUCCGCGCACAGCUCCAAAGCUGAGGGAAGCGUAGCUGCUGGAGAAGUUGUGUCGAGGAGAGAAAGCAGCUCCGCCACCACAUCACCAGGCUGAAGAAGUUGGAUAUCUUGUCUGACUGGAUCUAACGGCCCGAUCCCACAUUUUCACACAGGACGUUCAACCUUUUUACAGGUUAUGAGUAAUGGAAGCAGGAACGGUGGUGCGUGCCAUAUUUGAGUUUCUUCCCAGCGUCUCUGAGGAGCUGCCCCUCUUCCCCGGUGAUGUCAUUGAGGUGCUCAGUGUCGUGGACGAGUUCUGGUUGCUUGGCAACAAAGAUGGUGUCACAGGUCAGUUCCCCAGCACCUUUGUGGAAGAGGUUACCAUCCCCAGCACCAAACCUGGAGACGGACUUUAUGUAUGCGUCAGUGAUUUCAGCUCAGCAGAGCCGGGCAACCUGUCUUUGAAGAGAGGCGAUGUGGUAGUCGGGGAGGCAGGAGGCUCCAUGGACCUCGGGGAAACAUGGCAGCGUGGUUGUAAUGCCUGGGGCGUCCGUGGUCUCUUCCCCACAUCGUGUGUGAAGGAGCUGAACCUUUCAGGUCGCUCCAGGCAGCUUUCUGAACGCUCAGCUCAGGCCCAGGCUUCAGAGCUCCCACCUUAUGCCCUCGGCCAGGCCCGGGCCCUUAUGAACCUCCAUGCACAGCUUAAUGAGGAGCUGGACUUCCGCGAGGGGGACUUGAUCAUCAUCACAGGCCUGCCUGAGCCAGGCUGGUUCCAGGGAGAGCUGGAGGGGCGCAGGGGGAUCUUCCCAGAGGGGUUUGUGGAGCUCCUUGGUCCCCUUCGAUCUCCACAGGAGCCCGCAGACUGCCAGUAUUUGAACGAUGGCCCUCAACAAGCCAUCUACGAGGACCCUGAUGACGCAGGAGAGGGUACUGAGGAGGAGGGUGCAGAAGAAGGGGAGGUUUUUCUGAGAGAGGAAGAGGAGCAGAAGGAGGAUGUAGCAGAAGAAGAGGAAGAGGAGGAGGGCGGUGUCUAUGGCGUGGCGCUGUACGAGUUUCGGGCCAUGGAGCCAGGUGAGCUGGACUUUGAUGUGGGCGAUCGCAUACGUGUUAUAAGCACUUUGGAAGACGGCUGGCUGGAGGGAGAGCUGAGAGGGGAACGGGGUAUUUUUCCUCAUCGUUUUGUCAAAAUAGAUGGCGACGGGCAGAAAACCGCAGAGGAAACACAUGUUGUUGAACCAGAGGAAGACAAGGAGAACAGCUGUACUUCGGAAUACAGCUCAGAUCAUUUAUGUACCAAUGGGUCACAGAAUGAUCCUGAGUGGAGAACGUAUGAGGACCAUACUGUGUGGGACCUGGAUUACUUUGAGAGGACUGAGGAGCAGAGGUGGCAAAGUGAAAACAAAAGUGGAGGGGCUCAGACUAACAGAGAACAGAGGGAAGUGGGUAGCAGGCCUGACUCUCAGCCACGUAGACCUGUUGCCCCGGCACAAAGAGGGCCCGAGAGACCCAAAUCCACUCCCCCAGCAAGGCCCAGACUCCCACCUCGGCCUAGCCUGCCUGCACGUAGCCAUAGGCACCAUGGCCCAUCUUCUGGCUCAAAUCGCACUAACCAUACUAAUGGUAGCACUCGACUGUUACAGCCCAAACUAACUCAUAGCUUAACCCUCCCUAGCUCUCAGUCUAGUUGGUCUAAAGACAGCAGAUACUACCAGAGGCCACCAGCUGAUGUUGCCAUCACCAAUAACAGAAGUGCCAGCCUUGGCCAGGCAUUAAUUAACCUUGUCGAAGGCCAUAAACAGAAGAAGCUAACUCGCCAUGCCAGCGUCAGUGAUGCUGAUAUGAUGAUGGGAAGUACUGAGACACGGACACGUUCCCAGCAGCGUGGCUCCAAUGGGAUAAUGCCAGCAUCCAUCACCUUAGAUUCCCUGGCAGCCUCAGCCAGUGACUUGGAGACCAAACUGUCUCAGCAGCUUUUUGAAUUUGAGAAAAGCUUGACUACUUCGUACAGUGACACUAACAUGAGUUCUGGUGCUUCAAGGGACAUGUUGUCUGUAGGUGACCCGAGCCAGCAAUCCCAUAUCUCACGACACUUUUCUAUUCUGGAGUAUAGCGAUGAAAGUGAUAUUAUCCGAGGCUCCUCGCAUUCUCCUGUGUCCCACCUCUUGCAGUCGAACUCUGCUUCUUCCUCACUGGAGAGGCGCAGGACCCUCCGCCCUCCUCCUCCUCGUCCUAGAGUCCUUCGUCCCCCAGCCCCAGCUCCAUACAAACCGGCCCGCCCUGCUCCACGUCCCCCUCCUCGCUGCCCGAGACAAAAUACUGCUCCUCCAACCAGCAACCCCAUCUUCUACACCCCCGACGAACCAGCUGUAAACCUUCUCGACCAAAUAACGGAAGGGCAGCCUGAGUUUGGUGACCUCGCAGCUGCCCAGGAACAUGAAAUCCAGAGCCAGCUGGAAGCAGAGAAAGAGUUAGAGAGAGAAAUGGAGUUGGAGAGCCAGAGACAGAGGGAAGAAGAGGAGAGGUACCAGCUGUUGCUACGGCUACAAGAGGUGGAGCAUGACAUGGAAGCAUAUGCGCACACAGCAGAGGAACUCAGGGCCAUGUUGGAGGAGGAGGAGGAGGAGACAGCCCGCAUGCAAGCCAUGGAGAAUCUGGAGUUCUGCAACUACACUCUGGAGACACUGGCCCUGGAACAGCAGCAGCUCCAAGAAAUGACACUCCUGUCGACACAACCCAAACCCCUGGACUCCACCCCAACGUCGGACUCUACCCCCACCGCUGGCACGGGCGCCACCGAGGACCCGGAGCUGAGGAUGCUGGAGAAGAGAUCGAAGGUCAUCGAGGAGCUACUGCAGACAGAGAAGGACUACAUCAAAGACCUGCAGAUGUGUGACAUUGAAAUCAUCAGGCCGCUGCAGAAGAAGCAGGUGAAGAACGUGGACUUUGAGGGGCUCUUUGGCAACAUCAGCUCUGUGAUGGACUUGUCACAGCGCCUGUUGGAAUCACUGCAGGAGACAGACUCUAUUGGAAAUGUAUUUCUGGACUUCAAAACCGAGCUGGAGGAGGUUUACAAGAUCUACUGCCAGAACCAUGAUGAUGCCAUCUCUCUGCUGGAGAGCUACGAGAAAGACGAAAACAUCCAGCAGCACGUCUUGGAGUGUCUGGAGCGACUGAGGGCCAUAUAUCGAGAGUGGGGUAAAACAAAUUACAUCAACCUCGGCUCUUUCCUGAUCAAGCCGGUGCAGCGGGUGAUGCGUUACCCACUGUUGCUGAUGGAGCUGCUGGGGGCCACACCAGAGAGCCACCACGACCGCCCCCAGCUGACUCAGGCUCUGCAAGCCGUCAAGGAGAUCAACGUAAACAUCAACGAAUACAAGCGCAGGAAGGACCUCGUGGUGAAGUACAGGAAGGGGGAUGAGGACACAUUCAUUGACAAGAUCUCUAAGCUGAGCAUGCACUCCAUUAUCAAAAAAUCCAACCGAGUCAGCAGCCACCUCAAGCACCUCACAGGAAUUUCACCCCAGAUUAAAGAUGAGGCAUUUGACGAGGCGGAGAAGAAGUUCAGGCUGCAGGAGAGACUGAUCAAGUCUUUUAUCAGGGACAUUUCCUUGUACCUGCAACAUAUCAGGGAAUCAGCAUCGGUGAAGGUCUUGGCAGCCAUCAGUUUCUGUGACAUCUACACAGAGCGCAGUGUGCUGGACCCCGAGCGCUUCCAGAGAGCUCACCGCUGCAUCAGCGACAAACAGUUUACACAAUUUAAGGAGCGCACAGAGGCCUUAGUCAUCAACCCGCUCACCCAGCUCCUCCUCAUGUUCGCUGGGCCUCACAAACUCAUCCAAAAGCGCUUUGACAAGCUGCUGGACUACGACAACUGCAAGGAGCGAGCCGACCGCCUCAAGGACCGCCGAGUACAGGAGGAGCUGCAGGUGGCUCGCAACAACUACGAGGCGCUCAACGCCCAGCUUCUCGAUGAGCUCCCCAAGUUCCACAGCGCAGCAGAGGAAUUGUUUACGGGCUGCGUGAGGGCCUUCGCUCAAGCUCAGAAGGACUUCAUGAAGACGACACUGGGAGAACUGAAGCCUCUUCUACAGGUUUUUUCUAACAAAGUUGGCACAGAGGGAAACCUCGUUGCACAGUUCCAAGAAGAGUACGCUCGAGUUCUCCAGCUUCUGCAGAGCUUUAGCUUCUGCCCGGAGAACCUGCCUCCAGCCACCACCACCACAAAAAAGCCCUUUGAGAAGAAGACUCUGGAGAAGCAGACCUCUAAAAAGCAGCUGCAGGGAGCUCCAAACUUCAUCAUGCAGACAGAGGAGCACCGUGCUGGACUUCUGGUACGAUACGGCCCUGAGAAACUUUUCCAGGCUGAGCGGAACUUUAAUGCUGCCCAGGAUCUGGAUGUCUCUAUACAAGAGGGAGAUCUUGUGGGUGUAAUCAAGCAGCAGGACCCCAUGGGUAGCCACAACCGAUGGCUAAUUGAUAAUGGAGUCACCAAAGGUUUUGUGUACAGCUCCUUCCUCAAACCUUACAACCCACGUAGAAGCCAGUCAGACGUUUCCAUCGAGAGCCAAUCAUCCAAUGAGUCAGGCUACGGGGGCUCCUCCCCUGUCUUCUCCCGCCAGAACAGCAACAGCACGCUGACCUUUAACCAGGAAACAGCCACCGUCAGCUUUUCCACAUCGCAGCCCCAGAGCCAUUCGUCGCCACACCCGUCGCUGGACUCGGCCUCAUCUCGCAGGAGUCACCACAGAGACGCAACCUUUGACUCUGCCAGUCAAAGCAACUCCAUAAACUCCUCACCCCGAAAUCGCUCAAACCGAAGGGAAUUUUCAGAUCAAACACUCAGAAACUCCCCUAGUCACAGAGACACUGAACCUUCAUACCGACACUCAGGCAAUCACAGAGACUCGUAUGACACGAGUUAUGCAAGUUCGAGCAGCCACAAGGAGAUGUCAGACCUCUCGGAGACGGACUCUUCUUCUUCCCACAGAAACAAUCACUCACAGCGGUAUGGACACACAGAUAAAUCCUAUAGUUCAUACCAGUGGAGAAAUGGAGAUAAUGGUGGCCAAAAGAAGUCUACUUACUCCAGAGAUGAGUACAUUGAGCCGGAGCCAGAACCAGAACCGGAGCCGGAGCAUGAGAGUGAAUUGGAUGGUCAUCAGAUUUACUACGCCCUCUACUCCUUCAAUGCCCGUUGCGCCAAUGAACUGAGCAUCUCAGCCAAUCAGCGGCUGCGGAUACUGGAGUUCCAGGACAUGAAUGGCAACAGCGAGUGGUGGCUGGGGGAGGCCGGAGGCCGACGAGGUUACGUGCCUUCCAACUACAUCCGCAAGUCAGAAUAUACAUGAACAUGUGGAUGAUACCUGAGACUGCACUUUGACCUUAAGAAGGAUCACUCAGCGAGCAGACAGAACAAAAGACAAACAAGCAUGUUUGCGCGGUGACUUAUUUUUCAUGUUAUCAUGGAGUUUGAUAGUGAGAGGGACUGACUUGCUGCUGACUCACCUCCUGAAAGUUUUCACUAUAUGCCUAUAUUUAUAGACUUUUUAAGAUUUUUUUUUUUACUUAUUGGAAACUGCACCCUACCCCCUCUUGUUUCCAGUGAAAAACCUGUGAAUUGCACCAGAUUUUUUUUUUAUUUACUCUGGAGCUGAAGACAAUGAGUUGUAUGUUUAAGAGCGCAGUCUUUAAGGUUAGCACAUUGGGAGAUUGCGAUGGAAAUGUGAAGGUUUUGGGUUCAAAUUACUUCCUAUAAAACAAACAUCAAGUGAUAUGUGCACAGACUGACCUAAACACUGUGUUAAUGACUUUUUUUUCUUCAUGUGGUUUAUUACAUUACUAGAAUGAUGCAUGAAUAUUAGGUGCAUUUACACCAUACUGUUAAACAAUCAAAGUUUGAGGCACUUACGAUGAUUAUCCACUGGUUACGAGUUUGAAGUGUCUGUGGAGCCAUCAACAUGAAGUUGCAGUGUUGUAUAAUAUUAAUAUUGACUAUUUGAAAUAAGACCAAGGACAAAGUUGAGUGGCAUAUGAAAUACAGUUUACAAGAACUUCCCUUGAACUUUCUGAAUAAAUUUUUAACUGGGUUGAUACUGUGUAAACAGAUGAUGACCCAUUUUACCUGCAAGAAGAGGUUAACGGGGGAGACAGGGAGAGAG